AGCGUUGCCUCUCCCAUUGUCUUCCACAGACCUUCUCCAACACAAAAGCACAAGAUGGCUCAAUCCGGUGUCUCCGUCGCUCCCGAGUGUAUCUCAACCUUCAACGAGCUCAAGCUCGGCAAGGACAUCAAGUGGAUCAUCUACAAGAUCAGCGACGACUGGAAGGAGAUCGUCGUCGAGGAGUCCUCCAACGUCGCCGACUACAACGUCUUCCGUGACAAGCUUCUCAACGCCAAGUCCAAGGACCGCAAGGGCAAGGAGGGUAUCGGUGGCCGUUACGCCGUUUACGAUGUCGAGUACGACCUCGACAGCGGCGAGGGCAAGCGAUCCAAGAUCACCUUUAUCGCCUGGUGCCCCGAUGAUGCGCCUCAAUACCCCCGCAUGAUGUACUCUUCGUCCAAGGAAGCUAUCAAGCGCGCUCUCAACGGUCUCGCCGCCGACAUCCAGGCCAACGACGCUGACGACAUCGAGUUUGACAACAUCAAGUCUCGCGUUUCCAAGGGCCGUUAAAUGCCACCCCCACCAUCCCUUUUCAGCAACCGCACAAAAGUCGAAGAGGCGGGUCAUCGUGUGUGUGCGAGAAUGGAACGAAGAUAUGAUCCGAUAGGUGUGGCUAAUUUUCCCUGUCAAUGGUAACCGUCUGAAGGGCUGUCAGGCUCUGGCAGUCUGAUGGAAUCGUGAGCGUGUCUUGAUAGCUAGUGAUUCACUGGUCUUUGUAGCAAAUUGCAUCAGCAAGAUGUGUAUCGUUCUUGAGAUGACGGAGCAUGGCUGCAACAGUCACUCUGACAUUUAUCAUUGAAUCUGUGUUCCUUUUUGUAUUUGUGAUGAAUGGUAUUCGCAAUCGCUAAAUGCCCAUGCCCACACCAUAUC